CUUGGUCUUUUUCUGGAUGGGAAUCAGUCCAGGGACGGAGAUGAGCAGCACGGCCACGUCCCCUUCCGCGAAGGAGAAGGAGCGCAUCAGCCAGGCCGCGCACGACGAGUGCAUGCACGUGCUCUCGGCGCUCCUCCAGCAUGAGGCACUGCGCAAGGCGACGCUCUCGGCGGCGGCCAAGACAGCGCUGCUCGAAGGCGCGUUCGCCGACAUCCAGCAUGCCCCGUCUGAGCUGCGUUCGAAGCUGCUCAAGAAGAGCAUGGGCCUCGAGAAGGUGCAGUCGCUCCUCGGGACAAAGCCGUCGCGCUGCCGCUUCAAGACGUGCGAGAAAUUCGCGAAAGACGUCCGCGUCGUCUUCCACAACGUGCUCGCGCUGCAAAACUACUGGAAAGACCAGCAGUCGCCGUCGUACGAUGCGAUCCUGUACCACACGACGCAAAAGCUGCUGCAGGACUUUGAACGCCUUUUCAACGAACGGCUCGCGCCCCACAUUGCGCGACCACCGUCGUCGUCGCCCGAGCCGACGCCGCCUUCCGCGCCAGCACCAGCUCUGGCACCUGUGGCCGCACCGUCGCCGCCACAUGCGACAGCGCCGGCCUCUGCGCGCCUCGAUGACGACGACGUGGCCAAGUGCCAGGCCAUCGUCCAGAAAAUCAUGAAGUACAAGGACGGCGGCAUGUCACUAGCCACGCCGUUCUUCAAUCCGGUCGAUUUGACGCUGUACGUCGACUACAAGAUCAAGGUGCCCCAUCGCAUGCACCUCUUUGGCGUCCAGCAAAAGCUCAGCACGGGCUCGUACACGUCGCUCACAGCCUUUGCUUACGACAUGCGCCUCAUCUUCUCCAACUGCCUCGUGUACAAUGCGGAUGUGAUCUUGAGCGGCCCGAUCCGCGACCACGCCGUGAAGCUCCUCCAGGCUUUCGAGUCGCUCAUGCUGCAGUCGUUUGGCCAGUCGCGGAAUACAUGGCCGGGGCUCGCCGACGUUGACCGGUGGAAGUGCCACCAGAUCCUCCACGACAUCCUCGCGCAUCGCACCAAGCAAGGCCUCGAGUCGGCGCAGUGGUUCAAAUACCCGAUCCACACCUAUUUCGAGUCGGAAGAUCAAAUCCCGUUCGAGUAUUUCAAGAUUGUAAAGAAGCCCAUGGACAUUGGCACCGUCUCGUCGCGUCUGCACUUGGGCGAGUACAAGGAGCUCGCGCCGUUUGUCUCGGACCUCCGCCGUGUCUUUGAGAACUGCAUCAAGUACUGGAAAAACAACCCGGACGGGAAGCAGUACUACAGCGACGGCAAGACGCUCCUGAGCCUCUUCAAGAGCAAGGUCACGGUCGCGUUUGGGCCCGCGCUCCUCGAAGACCGCAAGAGCAGCAAGCACCACAGCCACCACAGUCACAGCCGCGAGGCAUCUGCACCCGCAGCCAUACCAUCGUCUUCGAAGCCGGCCGCAUUGUCGUCGUCGGGCGACACACACAGCAAAGGCCGCCGAGCGUUUCAGGAGAAGGACGCGUGCCUCCACAUUUUGCAGCUCAUCCGAAAGCACACGAUGCGCGGGCUCAUGGGCGAGAUCCUCACGGCGGGCCCGUUCCUUGUCGCUGUCGACGUCACCAAGUACCCCGACUACCUCGCGAUCGUGUCGGAGCCCAUGGACUUUGCGAAAAUCGAGCGCAAGCUCAAGAGCAACCGGUACAGCCACGCGUCGGAAUUUGCAGCCGACGUGCACUUGAUCUUCUCCAACUGCAUGAAGUACAACAGCGAUCCCGUCGAAGGCGCCGACAUUCGGACCAUGGCCAACAGUUUGCGCGACUACUUUGUGUCGCUGUACGCCGCCAUGGAGCGUGGCGAGCCGCUGGUUGCCGCCACGGUCUCGUCGAGUUUUCCACCGCCACCACCACCGACGGCGACGACGACGACGACGACCAAUGCCAAGCCGCGCAGUACCAAGCCAGUGACCGACGACGUGGCACCUGUGACAACAACACUCGAGAGCCACAGUGACUGUGCCGAGAAGAAGAAGAAGAAGGACAAGAAAGACAAGAAGAAGAAAAAGGACAAAAAAGACAAGAAAAAGGACAAGAAAGACAAGCCGCGGUCCGAGGCCACGAGCAGUAGCAGCGCGCCGCCGGUCGUCGCGGUCCCGGUUGCCGCCCCGGUCCCGGUCGUCGCGCCCGAGAAGGCGUCUCGAAAAGGCGGGUCGUCGGCCCCGAAAUCGUCGUCGUCGUCGUCCAAGUCCAAGGUCAAGCUCGACUUGUCGCCGUGGGAAACCUCGUGCGAGCGCAUCUUGUCCCGAUUGAGCAAGAUUGAGAGUGUCCAUUUGAUGCACUUUGACGUGCCGCUGCUGAGCAUCUUCCCGGACCUCGCAGCGUCCUACGAGCGCGUGGUCGCCGAGCCCAUGGACUUGGGCACGAUGCGGCAGCGGCUCCUCGCGCACCAGUUGCCGUCGGCGGCCGAGUUUGUCCGGCUCGGGCACCUCGUCUUUGCGAACGCCGAGGCGUUCAACGUCGGGAGUGACUCGUCGUCGAUCCGCGUGCGCGAGAUGGCGGCGCACUUGCGCUGGUUCUUCGACUCGAUGUGCAUUGAACACAAGCUGCUGGACGCGGACGUGCGCCUCGAACGCCGCAACGAGCGGUUCCUGGGCGUCCAGACACUGCGCUUCACCGAGAGCAAGCCCAACAAGGAGUGCUCCAAAGUGCUCCGCGUUCUUCUGAGCCAAAAGUACCAAAAGUACGCGUGGCCGUUUGUCGAGCCGGUCGAGAAGCUCUUCCCGGGUCUCCCGCCAAAGUACUUUGAGAUCAUCACCAAGCCCAUGGACCUCAAGACGGUCUCGGAGAAGCUGUCGUCGCUCACGUACAAGACGUACGGCGAGUUCAUUGCCGACAUUCGCCUCACGUUUGAAAACGCCCUGCUCUACAACAUUGCCGAGAAGGGCAAGGAAGGACCGACCGUCUACUCGGCCGGCGAGAAGAUGCUGCACGUCGCGAUGGACCAGUGGGGCGACGUGACGAUCGACAUCAUCGAGCGGUCGAAGCGCAGUGUGCUGCUGCACAAGGAAGCGCAGCUCCUCGCGGCGCAGAACCGCGCGGCCAACGAAGCCGCCGAGGCCGCGGCGGAAGCGGACCGUCUCCGCACGUACCAGGCCAAGCUCGAGCAGCAGAAGAUCGACGAAGCCGCGCAGGAAGAGCGGUCCGAGCACGAACGAUCGCUGCAGGCCAGCGUCGCGGCCAAAGCGGCCAAAGAAGCCCGUGCGUCGCUUUUGAGUAUGGAGAAGAUGACCAAGAGCGAGCGCAAGAUUGAAGAGAAGAAGCGCAAGAAGGCCAAGAAAGACGAAGAGGCCGCGCGGUCCGAGAAGCGUCGGCGCACCGCGACGCUCGCGACCGAAGAGGCACUGCGCGAGGCCGAGCACCGCAGCCGGCUUCGGCAAAAGGCCCAAGACCUCCUCGACGAAGCCCGCGCCAAGCAGGAGGCGCUGCGCCACGAACACCUCAAGUUUGCCAAGCCGAAGCGCAAGGCGCCCGAGUGUGCCAAGGCGUUCUGGAAGGUCAAGCGCCGCCUGCUAGCGGUCGCGCCUUGUUUUAGCGCUGCGUAAAGCCAAAGCCUCGCGUCCGUGUAGCCAACCGACGAUGCUCUUUGAUACGAAGAAGCAACCACCAAGUAGUAAUAUGAAGAUGUAGUACAUA